GAGGGGCCACUUGGUCAGCUCAAGGUCGAGCCAGUCAACCAGACCACGCAAAUCCACACUGCCCGCUCCCCCUCGCCGCCGGCGCCACCGCCACCGCGCCGCCGCCUACACCAGCACACCAUGCUCCGCCUCCACAAGUGCAUCCUCACCCAGCUGCUCCCUCGUACCUCUGCCUCCACCUCCCCACUCCACCGUCUCAUCUCCGCCGCCGCGCCCGCCGCAUCCCCAGGCCCCAGCUUCGCCGUGGAGGACUACCUCGUCGCCACCUGCGGCCUCACCCGAGCGCAGGCGCUCAAGGCCUCCACGAAGCUCUCCCACCUCAAGUCGCCAGCCAAUCCCGACGCCGUCCGCUCCUUCCUCGCCGGUCUCGGCCUCUCCACCGCCCACGUCGCAGCGCUCGUCGCCAAGGACCCCAAGUUCCUCUGCGCAAGCGUGGAGAGGACCCUGGCUCCCGUCGCCGUCGGGCUCGCCGGCCUCGGCCUCUCGCGUCCCGGAGUCGCGCGGCUCGUCUCGCUCGCCGGCGAGUUCUUCCGCGGCAGAUCCGUCGCCUCGAGGCUGGCCUACUUCCUCUUCCUCUUCGGCUCCUACGAGGACCUCCUCCGGGUGCUCAAGCACAGCCCCAAUCUCCUCGGAUGCGACCUCGACCGGGUCAUCAAGCCCAACGUCGCCUUCCUGCGGGAGUGCGGGCUAGGUGCUUGCGAUAUUGUCAGGCUGUGCAACCGUGUGCCAUGGCUGCUCGGCAAUAACCCGGAGCGCGUCCGGGCGAUAGUGGCGUGCGCCGAAGGGCUCGGUGUGCCCCGUGGAUCGGGGAUGUUCGGGCAAGCGCUGCAAGCUGUCGCAUUCCUCACCCAGGAGAAAAUCACCGCCAAGGUCGAGCACUUGAAGAAGAUGUUCCGGUGGUCGGAUGCCGAGGUGGGCAUUGCUGUUUCUAAGGCUCCGGCGGUGCUGCUGAAGGCCAAAGAAUCGCUGCAGCGCAGGUCCGAGUUCCUCAUCUCCGAGGUGGGGUUGGAACCUGCAUACAUUGCUUUUCGUCCAGCAAUGCUCAUGUACAGCUUGGAGGGCAGGAUCAGACCCCGGUACUACGUUGUAAAGUUUCUCAAGGAAAAUGGAUUGCUAAAUCAUGACCGGGACUACUAUAAUACAAUCGUGAUCAGCGAGAAGGUAUUUAUGGACAAGUUCAUAUGCCCUCACAAGAAAUCUGCACCGCACCUUGCUGAAGACUAUGCAGCAGCUUGCAGAGGGGAAGUGUCCGUGAGAUUCAUAUCUGCAUGAACCAACAGCAGGGUGUUGAAUUUUGAAAAUGUGUACUGCACAAUGAAGAUUUCGCUCUGCCACCCAAUAAAGGUUUCCUUGUUCUUUUUGUAACUAUAUGUUUUUUUCCUGCUAUUGUAUGUCCCCUGUUUUUUUGAAUCUGUUGCAUGCUACCUUAGAAGGGGAGCCUUGGCGCAGUGGUAAAGCUGCUGCCUUGUGACCAUGAGGUCAUGGGUUCAAGUCCUGGAAACAGCCUCUUACAGAAAUGUAAGGAAAGGCUGCGUACUAUAGACCCAAAGUGGUCGGACCCUUCCCUGGACCCUGCGCAAGCGGGAGCUACAUGCACCAGGUUGCCCUUUUUUUUUUUGCAUGCUACCUUAGUCGUUGCUAGCUCCUGAUGAAACUGAUACUUGCAUUCCUUUUGAACUUCUUCAUCCUCAUUUAAUGUUGACACAGUCCUCAUGGUAAAAUAUAUUCAAUCGAAUUUCUGAGGGCUUCAUCUUGCGCCUUUUAUACAUACAAUCCGUACAUUGCUCGCCUUCAAGGGCUCAUCUGCUGUCUUUAGAUGACAAGUGCAUAACUCCCAAGUAUAGAGCUGUCAUUUGUCGAUGCCAUUAUUAUAUAUAAUAGUAACUGGAACCCACUAAAUGAUCAAAAGGCUUUCAAAGAAUCAAAAUAGAGUCACAACUCAAGUAUCCAAGCAUUUUUUGCUUAUACACUCCUUUCACAAAGGAGGAGAAGUGGUUUGUGCUUGCAAAACAGGGCAUGCUUACUGAUAAGUGAUAACUACUUCAAGGAUAACACAUAGCGUAAGCCAUUCCUGGAUCAGUUGCGGUGCAUCAUGUAUUCAUAUUUCUUCACUAGACUAGUAGACUUGAUGAGCUUCAGCAUAACGACUGUGCAAGUAAAAGCUCUGAAAGAGACAACUUUAUGGAUAAAGUAAUUUCAGAGCUCUUGACAAAAUAAACCACAAAUGUUGUGGGCGGCACCAAAAUCGACUGUACAUCCAUAUCAGAAGCUAAUAUCAGCUGGAAAUUUUACCCAGAAAGAUUAAUGUAAUAGAUGAAAAAGAGGAAAUGUGUGGAUUGGAUGGAGAUCCAUCUAAUUUCUGGUUAAAUUUACUAGAGGGAAAAUGUGUGGAUAGUCGAAUUCGCUCUCUUGCCAUGACAUUGACUCACGAACUCGAGUCGGACUCAUUCACUGCUGACCUUCUUUGAGGACCGUUCGUGUUGGAGCUAUAUAUGUGAACCUCCCGAAUCAAGCCAUAAAAUCUUGCAGAACAUAGAAGAACCAGCCAAAGUUCGCGCUGACCAGAGGAAGCGUAGAAAGGUUGGCGAAAUCACAAGUCCAUCUUCAAAAGGUUCACCUGACAACAAGCACGAUGGUAUGUUGUUGCCUGAAAAGUAUUCUACAUCGAGUCCUGCUCUUCAACCACUGGAUGACACACAACGAAAAUUAGGGGUGGAAAAAAGGAUAAGCACAACCAAGAAUCUUCACUUCCAAGUUCCAACUAAUAAGCAAGACUUGUCACAACUAAUUAUGGCCCUAAAAUUGCUGGAGCUAUGGCUGAACAGUUGUUUGAACAGUUAUUCCAGAGCCACUGGGCAUACUGCACGCGUUCAUCAUAGCCUUGAGUCACUUGCCCUUGCUAGAAAAAGCUUGAACUGUGAGUGCAAUGAAGAGCUUGCGGGGUUCAUCUAUGGAAAAUUAAGGACCCUAAAGAAGAAGAAGAAAAAUCCAAAUAGAGCAAUUGAAACUAACAUCACGGGUCAACCAGUGUCAGUAGAGGACACCCAAAUCUCAUGGGAGGAGACCUCUACCAACUUGAGAAAUGACCACAUGUUCCAAAAUAAGGAAAUGGAUAGUCAUGGCAAUUUCACAAAUGGUGCACUACAAGAGGUCUCAUCUGGUGUUGAACAUAUGAUCUCAGGUGCAGGAACUUGUUUAAAGAAACUCACAGAGAAUGCCAUUUGUCAAAUGAUGAGCUUCCUAACAUGAUUGUGGAGAAAAUAAUAGAGUUAGUUGAAAGACAAUGAUCAUGGCAAUUUCACAAAUGGUGCACCACGGGAGGUCUGCUGAUUGUUGGUCCAAGCACAGCUUUAAAUUCCGAGGAUUGCACGCGGCUCUGCGGCAAUGGGCGAACAGGAAAGGAAACCUGCACCUGCUGAUCUCAAACAAUAAGUUGGUGCCUGAUUGCCUCAAUGCGGUGGAAGAAAGGAGGCAUUUAUCUGACUCUGAGUUUCUUCUCCGUGUGCACGCAACAAGGAAGUUGGAGUCAUUACUCAAAUGGCAGCCCAUGUACUGGAAACAGAGGUCCAAGCUUAAUUGGUGCCGCAGCAAUUAUCAUGCUAAAAGGAAUUUUUUCGGAAUCAAGCUAGUAAAGAGGGUGGGGUGGAGCAUUUCGAGAUUUCUGACAAGCUGAGAAUUGCCAUGGAUUACUAUCAGAAUAUCUUUGGGCGCUCAUCCUCCUGCUCGCCUACUGUCAACCUUCUGUCAGUCUAUGUGCAGGCAGAGCAAAUUCAUUUAUCAGACCUUUGCACAGUGUUUAUGUGGGAAGAAGAUUUAUGGGCUAUUAAGUACAGUAUUCUCCAAACAACAGGAGUCCAGGGCUGGAUAGCUUCACCUAUGACUUUUAUAAAGCCAUGGACAUAGAGUUAUUCUCGCUGCUGCAGUUCAUUGAGAUUUGGCAGACUGGAGUUUUGUCAUCAUCGCCGCUUGUGCUAGCUGCCUAAACAUAGGGGACUAUAUUCAGUCAGCUUGUUGGUCAACAUGAUGAUAAGGGGCAUGUACAAUGGUUGAUAAGAUAUUCUUAUCUUAAGUUCUGCAUGUAAUUUAGAGAUGUCUACAAUGGUUGUGAGAUAUGUUGUGCUAAGAGGUCAUCUCUACAAGCCUUUUUCUUA